AGGCUAUGCUAAACGGGUGAUACAACAUGGACGAACAAAGAGACUGGCGUGAAUAAAAGUUACGAGUGAGGUUCUUUAUGCGUUUCUCCUCCGAUCCACACUCUGCAUGGCUGAGUGUGAAAAUGGUCUUGUAACUGAUUCCUUGAUCCUUCAAGAUUAUUCCGAGGAUGACUGCCUUAAUCAAACUGACCCAAAGCAUUGCUUCAAACCAAUUGGAAGCGGCGGUGGCCUGUGCUAUUUGGCCAGCGAAGAGGCAGUUACACACAAGGGAGAAGAUUGUGUCUACCAUCUUCCCAUCAUAUAUGAGUCAGAAAAGAUCAACAUUGCUGAGGAUUAUCUAAAUCAAACAUUCUCUGGUCCCCUCGAGACGAAUGGCACUUUCCCCGAGAGUGCGUUCAAGCAUUGCCAAAGCAUCAAUUGCUAUAUGGUGCUUCAUGAAGAAGCCACCAACCUUGCGUACUUCAUGGCCGAGCCGUCAAAGCUGAGCUUGUCCGAGUCUGGCAUCAGUUUCGGAGCCAAUGAUCAACACUACACGAUGUAUUUUGAACCGAGAUGCGAACCCACGAAGCCAAUUGGUCGCACCACCGUCGAAGAUGUGUGCGGAAGCCCAGAGUUCCCGAAAUUGCCUCCUUCGAACACCAAGUACGCCAUCGAGGAGCAAACAUACCUCGACACGUCAAAUACAAAUGCUACUGCCUGCAAAAUAAUCUGCGAACGUGACAGCUCGUGCACAGGGUUUGUGUUUGAGGGUGACCUGUAUUCAUGCAAAUUGUUUAAAGAAUCUAGAGAUUCAACCUCAAACUCAAAGUGUGUUUUAGAGCCACUUGCCCCUCGAGUUUUUGCAAAAGACGUGUUUGUCUACAAACCGGAAGAUGGACAACUCAUUGAUGGCAGCGACUAUAGGAUCCAAACUGGAAACACGGAUGAUUGCCGGAACGAAUGUGCCAAAGACCCCCUGUGCCAAGCUGCUUUUGUAAACGAUGGCAUGUGCGCUCAAAGACGUAGCGUUUGGCCUGGAAAAAAAUCACCCCUCCCGCAGGGAGGGCAAGAAUUGAUCAUAUGGAAUGGAAAAGUAUUCGGCGAUGAAACGGCUUGUGACUUGGGCCGAGUCACAGACCACAUGAUGGAGUUCGUGGAUGAUCCUGAAAAGUGUGAGGGAAAUGGAUUAUGCUAUGGAGUCAUAGAGAUCGGCGGCAAUACCUCAACAUAUUGUUAUGCACCCAAUGACUUGGAACCCAUCGAAACGACGGAGAAAGGAAGGACCACUCCCUAUUUUCAAAUGCAAACUGCUCACAAUAUAGACAAUCUGAGAAACGUUUUCGAGUCUCUCAUUGGAGGGAGACUCCAUCCUAUAGAGUGUUUCGAACAUUGCCAUGCGGUUUCAUGUUUUGCCUAUGCUUACGCUGUACCCGCCCCAUCAUCUGAUUAUCUUGAUGGUUGCCAUUUUGCUCUUGAGCCUUUCGAUUUUGCAUCUUUACCACCGGCUUCUUCAUCCGACGGAGAUGAUUUUCAAACUCUUAUUACCUUUGUCCGACAUGGAGUGCCAUUGGAUGAGCUGUGCCAAGAUGAGGACCCGUUGCCAGCCAAUUGGCACUUUGGAAGUGCCGUUUACAACACGUUCGAAACUGUAGACGCGUCCAACAUUGACGAUUGCAAACGGUCAUGCAAUCCCAAUGGCGAUUGCGAUAAAACGUUGAUCUUUCGGCCGGAAGAUUCAUCUUGUCGCAUUUUUGAGACCAAAGAGAUCUUUGAGGCCAAUUCGGAGACCGCCUCGACAACACGGUCUUCCAACUCUCGACAUCAAUGUAUUGUCACCCCAGGUGAAGGCGGGAAAUUUCGACCCAGAGAGUUCUUUACCGUCAAGAGUGUUGUCACAAAUCAGAUAUCCGUGGAACCUCGCGAGAGGGUGGUCUUCCCUCAAAAAGUUAAUUCACAUAGUGGCGGCGGAAAUAAUGUCUGUUGGGACUUUUGCAGCAAACUUCCUUGGUGCCGAGAAGUUCACCUAGUUGGAGAUGAUCAAUGCCUCUUGUACGACGGUUCCGAGGGCAACAACACCCUCAGAAAUGCGACGGAAGGGGAAGAGUUACAGCUCAGGCACAUCAUGAGGGGAAAAAUGUUUACUCACGAACAUUUCUGCGACGAGGGUGGCUUGGCCGGCGCAGACUUCUUUUUUGCAUUCUUCAGCCAGCAAUACUGCGAUUUCUUUUCACUUUGCUAUCGAAAAAGUCGAAUGGGUGAAAACUGGAAAGAUGUUUGCUUUAUUGCACCAGAAGUCCCCCCAGAACCCAUCCAAGUCACGCACAAUUGCCAGGUCCAACCGUUCUUCACUUCACUCCCGGGCCUUGAAAUCGAUUACGGACUCAUCCGUACGUCUCUUAUAUCCCGUCCUGAAGGAAACCAAUCCUACGAAGCUUGUGCUCAAGUCUGCAGCUUGGACGAAGAUUGCUAUGGCUUGACAUACUUCCCAUCGAUCCAGGAGUGCGCUAUACAUGAAAGGCCAUUGUUUUUCGAAUCAGACAUCGAACCUAUUAAUGUGUUGGAAUGCCAAAUGGCCUUUGAAGUGCCCCAUUGUCAGCCUUGCGUUCAACGAGUGCAAAUGGAGGAACAAAUCGUUUUCAAGGACGAACUGCAAUGCUCUCACACCUAUCAGGAAUCGUGCUCCGAUGUAUACAAGACCAUCUUCAAAACCCAAGAAGUUGAGGAAUGCAAGGAAAGCUUUGUGAAGAACUGUCACAUUGAGUAUGAGAUGGUGCCCAGAACGGAAAAGGUCGAGGUCUGCCACUCCCCUUUGGCCCGAGAUUGUAAUGAAGAGGGGCCCGAGACCUGUUCCACCGAACAUGAGACCGUGUGUGCCACCACCUACCACGAAAACGAAGUCGCCGAUGAUGUGGUGAAUUGCACCACCGUCCAGGAAGAUGUGUGCGACUCCGAGGGCGAAAACUGUCGAAUGGUGCCCCGGCAAGUGUGCCAAGUGGAAAGCAUUUCCAGCAAGAAGCUCACCCCCGAGACGGAUUGCCAUCAAGAGAGUCGAGAGGUGUGUGGACCAGAAAUCUGUCCCAUUGUUCAGGGGGACCGCAUUUGCACGGAUGAGCUCAAGACGUUUGUGCAAGAAGUGCCGCAAGAGAAAUGCCAAAUCUCGCCCAAGACCGUGUGCGACAUGAUCCACAAGAUCGUUCCCAAAUUGGAAAUGAGCCAAGAAUGUAUUGAAGUGCCUCAAGAGGUCUGUCAGACGGUCCAAGUCGAGGCCAUGAAAGAGCGAUUACCCGUAGUAAAAUAUUUCUGUCCACCCGCCGACUCCGACUCUGACUCUACUAAUGAUGAUGAUGACGAUGACGAUGACGAUGACGAUGACGAUGACGAUGACGAUGAUGAUGAUGAUGAUGAUGACGACAAUACGAUUGAUGAUUCACCUCCACCACCGUCAGGUGGAACUAGGUCAGCGGCAGAGGACGACAUGUCCCCAAUCGAAUCCCAAUCGACUCAUCUCUUAGACCAUAUUGCCUCCACAAGACGGGGUUCAAGAAGGAACUCGAAAAGUGGGAGUGGAGAAGUCUUCUAAGCCAACCCCAUGCCCAAAAUGGAUCGAAAAGAAAAGGGAAACGAUAAAUGUCCUCUAGCUCAAUCACGGUAUACGAUUUGAUGAACACGUCUUAACUUUUAUCCUACCAAGAUAUUGUCACAAUGAUGAUUAUUUUGUUACCUUAAAAUACACUAUUUGCAAUUCUCCACUA